GCGCGCGCCGCUCAGCGUCGGCGUGCGCUCGGGCUCCCGCUCCCGGGGACAGACGGGCGCUGCCGGCCGAUGGCGCCCUGACGGCCCCGCGCGAGCCCCGGGCGCGGGCAACGGCGGCGGCAUGCCCGAGAAGCGGCUCACCGCGGAGCCACCAGAUAUUACAGAAGAAGGAUUUGAAGAUUCUUUGGCAACAGAUGAUUUCCUUGUGGACUACUUCAAUGAAUUCCUAAGCCUUCCAACCUUUUCAGAGGCAAUUAGAUUUAAUGUGGAUUUUGGAGUUUUUGAAAUCGUUAACAAUGCCCCACAACUUCUGGAAAAGCAACUGAAAAAAAUUCUACAAAACCAACAACCUCGAAAUCCCAUCUAUGAUGUUAUAAGGAAAGGAAAGAAUGAUGUUAAACCUGUUCAGAUGAAUGCCCCCUAUGAAGAUGAGAACAUUAAUAUCAACUACAAUAUCAUGCGUCUCAGUCGUGAAGAAGGUAUUGAGUGGAUCAAAAAAGAAAGACUUCCAGCGUUUUUGGAAAGUGAUUGUUACUUUGAAUACAGAUUAGCCAAAUUGGUCUCACAAAUAAGAUGGAGUGGAUCAGGCAUGAACAUCACACUCAAUGCAGAUUUUUCCCCCUGGGUCCUGAAGAAACCAGCCAGUCCGCCACCACCUGUUGCUGAAGAAGAGAAUGUUAUCAUCAUGAAAAAGUUCUACAUUUCUCUUGGCGAGGCCUCCUAUACUCAAACAAAAGAUUGGUUUGCAUUAGCAAAACAGAGUCUGCAAACAGCAUCAACGUUUUCAUUACCAUCUUGUGUAGUCCACAGCAAACCUGAGUCACCGGUCCUUUCAUCUGUUUCCGGACCUGGAAUAUGGAGUGAGAAUUCGUCUUUGUGCUGUGGCAUCAGUGGGAAAACCUGGGCACCAAGAUUCUGUGUUACUCAUUCAUCCUCAGCAAAACAUGCUAGUGCUGAACUGAAAUUCUGGCACCUUCGUCAAGAGAAACCAAGGAAGGAUGUUGACCCUUUUCCGCAAAUGGCAACCCUCUUGCCAUUAAGACCAAAAUCUUGCAUUCCACAGAUAUCUGAUAUGCAGAAAGAAGAAUCCAGUUUAUUACAGCAUCCUAAAUCUCCCAAGAAGACACCUAGAGUAAAAACAGCAGUUCAGAAACCUUGGAAGAGCAAAUCUUUGUAUCCAAUUUCUUCGAAGGACGAUGUGAUUGAGAAAGGGUUGAGGCACAGGUCAGAAAGCAGCAAAGUUAUUCGCUUAACAUCUUUUACUGACAUUUCUGAAUGUCUGAAGCCCCAGCUGGAUAGAAGAUACACUUACACAGAAGAACCUUUGGUUAAAACCAUGGCAGAUGGUGCCUUGGGAGGAUUUGACAUGGAAAAUUUGUUGCAAUCUUUGUACGUAGAAAAUAGAGCUGGAUUCUUCUUUACCAAAUUCUGUGAGCAUUCAGGAAACAAGUUGUGGAAGAACAGUGUGUACUUUUGGUUUGACCUACAGGCUUAUCAUCAGCUUUUCUACCAAGAAACACUUCACCCUUUUAAAGUAUGCAAACAAGCCCAAUAUCUUUUUGCCACAUACAUCGCUCCUUCGGCUACUCUUGACAUUGGACUCCAACAGGAAAAGAAAAGAGAAAUUUAUAUGAAAAUACAGCCACCAUUUGAAGACCUUUUUGACACAGCAGAAGAAUAUAUCCUUCUCCUCCUUCUAGAGCCCUGGACAAAGAUGGUAAAAUUAGACCAAGUUGCUUUUGGAAAGGUGGAGCUGGUGGAAGAAACUCGACAGCUAGAUUCCACAUACUUCAGAAAGCUACAAACUUUGCAUAAAGAGACGUUUUCCAAGAAAACUGAGGACACUACUGGUGAAAUUGGAACUGGCAUUUCACGGCUUUCUGAGGUCUCUAAAAAAACAGAAUACUGGAAUAAUGUCCCUGAAGAAUAUAAGCACUUUAAUUUUAAUGACCUGCUUAACAAUAAACUGGAGUUUGAACAUUUCCGUCAGUUUCUUGAGGCUCAUUCUUCAAGUAUGGACCUUAUGUGCUGGACAGACAUUGAACAGUUCCGAAGAAUAGUUUACGGAGACCGAAAGCAAAGGGAAGCAAAAUCUAUAUAUAUUAAAAACAAAUACCUUAAUAAAAAAUAUUUCUUUGGCCCCCAAAGUCCAGCUUCUCUAUAUCAGCAGGACCAGAUAAUGACUUUAAGUGGAGGCUGGGGAAAGAUGCUCCACGAGCAGCUUGAUGCAUGUGUUCUACUUGAAGUCCAGAAGCAUGUCCUCAAUAAGCUAGAAAACGUGUGGUUGCCGUUGUUCCUAGCAAGUGAACAGUUUGCAGCACGUCAAAAGAUAAAGGUGCAGAUGAGAGACAUAGCCGAAGAGCUCUUGUUACAAAAGCAUGAAAGGAAAAUCGGAGUCUGGAAGCCUGUGGAGAGUAAGUGGAUAUCUUCAUCUUGUGAAAUCAUUGCUUUUCGUAAAGCAUUAUUGAAUCCAAUUACUGCAAGACAAUUUCAACGGUUUGUGGCUCUAAAAGGAGAUUUAUUGGAAAAUGGUGUACUCUUUUGGCAAGAAGUACAAAAAUAUAAGGACUUGUGCCAUUCUCAUUGUGAUGAGUCCAUCAUUCACAAGAAGAUCAUGACUAUUAUCAACUGCUUCAUUAAUUCUAGCAUUCCACCAGCUUUACAAAUUGACAUUCCAAUAGAGCAAGCCCAGAAGAUUAUUGAACACAGGAAGGAGUUAGGACCUUAUGUGUUCAGAGAGGCACAGAUGACAAUUUUUGGGGUUCUAUUUAAAUUUUGGCCUCAGUUUUGUGAGUUUAGGAAGAACUUAACUGAUGAAAAAAUUAUGAGUGUUUUAGAGAGAAGACAAGAAUAUAAUAAGCAGAAAAAAAAAUUGGCAGUCAUAGAAGAUGAAAAAUUUGCAAAGGAUGGAAUCAAACAAUAUGCAAGUUCCUCAGGAUCUGCUAUCAAAACAGUUACUAUAGCCACUGACCCAGUUUUAGGCCUACAAGCAUAUGGUCGACAGCCAACCUGGUGCUACUCCAAGUACAUAGAAGCCUUAGAACAGGAAAGGGUUCUUCUUAAAAUUCAAGAAGAGCUGGAAAAAAAGUUAUAUACAGCCACACCAUCUUUUACAAAUUUUAAGUUUGCUGCUUCUGCUAUGUCUUUGAAAAAGACCAUAUCUUCCCACAACAUCCAGAAGAGAAAGGAGAAAGUGUCAGAAAUGACGCGGGAGAAUGAACUUCACCGGCUGUAGGCCUCCGGACACAGAAGCUCUAAAGACUGUGACCUGGAUUACGGGAUUGGAAGCAACGGACUUCUGCUCUCUCAGAACCCCCGAGAGUAAUUGCAAAAUAGAAAUCGCUAUUCCUGAUUCUCUAAAGAGUUACACAUUUUAAAGAGGGAAAGCAUCAGGAGGCACACUUCAGAGAGAGUUUUUCUUCUAAAGCAGUGGUUUGGACACUUGUUACAGCUUUGGAGCCCUGUGAUUUCCUCUGCUUUCACUCUGCUCCACACUCGGUGGUGGCUGUGAAGCCUGUAACUUUUCUAUGCUUUCACUUGUUCUGUUCUGUUCCUUUCUUUCCUUCCCUUCCCUUCCCUCUCUUUCCUUUCCUUUCCUUCCCUUCCCUUCCCUCCCCUUCCCUCCCCCCUCC